AUGGAAACUACAUACCUGGUGGUGACGACGGCACUAUUCGCCGCCGUCGUCAACUGCUGCCCCCCGGCGGACCUGUCAGCAUUGUUGGCCUUCAAGUCCGCCCUGACCGAACCAUACUUGGGCAUAUUUAACACCUGGACCGGCACCGACUGCUGCACCAACUGGUACGGCGUCAGCUGCGACCCAACUGACAGCCAUGUCAUCCACGUUAUCCUACGCGGCGAAUCGGAAGACAAGCUCAUGAUCGAUAAAACCGGCCAAAUAAGUUACAUGUCCGGUUCACUUUCACCUUCUGUGUGUUCCCUGGACCGGCUCACUACUCUAAUCGUUUCCGACUGGAAGGGUAUAUCCGGCGAAAUUCCGGCGUGUAUCACUUCCUUUUCUCACCUCCGCAUCCUGGAUCUCACCGGUAACCAGAUCACCGGCGAAAUCCCCGCUGAUAUCGGAAAAUUCGGGAAACUCGCGGUUCUCAAUAUUGCUGACAAUAAUAUCACCGGAAACAUUCCUCCGUCUAUUGUAAACCUUAGGAAUCUCAUGCAUCUGGAUCUCAGCAACAACCGAAUCUCUGGUGAUAUUCCGGCGGAUAUAGGCAAGCUCUCGAUGAUGAGCAGAGUUUUACUGAAACAAAACCAACUCACCGGGAAAAUUCCGACUUCAAUCACCAAAAUCUACCGUUUGGCCGAUUUGGAUCUGUCAAUGAAUCAAAUCUCUGGCACGAUUCCUGCUGAACUCGGAUCAAUGCCGGUCCUCUCUACACUCUACUUGGAUAACAACCAACUCUACGGCGAAAUUCCGGUGAGUAUACUAAGAAACGCUGGUUUAAACAUCGUGAAUCUGAGCAGUAACAGUCUCGUCGGCUACUUGCCGGAUGUUUUUACUCCGACGACGUACUUCUCCAUGAUAGAUUUAUCGCACAACGAAUUAAAAGGAUCUAUACCGGCAUCUUUGACUUCGGCUAAGUACAUCGGACAUUUGGACCUCAGCAACAACCAUUUCUGUGGCGCAAUUCCAGCGGGAUCACCGUUCGAACAAUUGGAAGCGUCGUCGUUCUCCGGCAAUGAUUGCCUCUGCGGGACGCCUCUCACACGAGUAUGUUAA